AUGAAGAAGCUGCUUUGGACUGUUUGUCUCUUGGGAAUUCUUGUCCCUCGAAGGUUUGGACUGAAAGUGCAGUAUAAUCGAACCUUGGCAAAUGAUGGACAUGGAAUGGUGGCGGAGAAACAGAGUCCCGGGAUCAACUUGGAGGACUAUGACUAUAAGAAGUAUCAUCCCAUUGAGGAGAUCUAUAAAUGGAUGAUUCAGAUAGAAAAGAAGUACAGUAAAGUGGUGACAAAGCACUUUCUAGGCAUGACCUAUGAGGUUCGACCAAUGUAUUACCUGAAGAUCAGAGUGCCAACAAAUAUCCUGAAAAAGAUCAUCUGGAUAGAAUGUGGAAUUCAUGCCAGAGAGUGGAUUGCACCUGCUUUUUGCCAGUGGUUUGUGAGAGAAAUUCUACAAAACUACAAAACAGACCUAAGGAUAAGCAAAAUUCUUAGGAAGCUGGACUUCUAUAUCCUCCCUGUUCUGAAUAUUGAUGGCUAUGUCUACAGCUGGAGAACUGAUCGCCUCUGGAGAAAAUCUCGUUCAUCCCACAAUAAUGGCACCUGCUUUGGGACUGACCUCAAUAGGAAUUUCAACUCAUCCUGGUGUAGUAUUGGAGCCUCUAAAAAUUGCAAACACACAACAUUCUGUGGAACAGGACCAGUCUCUGAACCUGAAACAAAAGCCAUCUCUACUUUUAUUGAAGGCAAGAAGGGCAGCAUCCUAUGCUACCUGUCAAUACAUUCUCAUGGCCAGUUCAUCCUCACUCCCUAUGGUUAUACCAAAAAGAGACCACGUAACUAUGCUGAGUUGAUUCGAAUUGGACAGAAGACAGCAAAAGAAUUGAAAGCAAAGCAUGGGAGCAAUUAUAAAGUUGGAUCAAGCUCAGAAAUGUUAUACUCUCUAUCUGGAUCCUCACGAGACUGGGCUUAUGAUAUUGGGAUUCCUUUUGCUUACACAUUUGAAUUGAGAGACAAUGGAACCUAUAAGUUCAUGCUUCCAGAAAACCAGAUCCAGCCCACUUGUGAGGAGACCAUGACAGCUGUCCUGUGCAUGCUUGAGGAGAUCUAUAAGAAAGAAUGGGGCUCAGGCAGAGCAGUGGUGCUCUCCCCAGCUGCCAUAGGGCUCAGUGUCUUCCUGUCACUCAUGCUUUUCUUUUAA